AUGUUUACUGGUAGUUGUUGGUGCAGUGAGGUGGCUGGGUGUGGUAGGGAUGAUUCCAUGGUUAUGUGGGAGGGAAGGGGUUGUGUUGUGCAACACGUUGAAGAAGGGGCUGAAGAACUUACGGAAGCAAUGAACGUGAAAGUCCUUAUUGGCAUGGAAACAUGGGAAGAAACAACUUUAGUUGCUGACAUUGCAAGCAAAACUCAAAUGCCUAUUAUUUCAUUUGCAUCAGCCGCCAUUAUACAACCACUCAUUCCUCAGCGAUGGCCUUUCUUGGUACAAAUGGCUAGCAACGUCAUUGAACAAAUUAGGUGCAUCACAGAUGUGGUUCGCUCAUUCAAUUGGCGAAGAGCCAUAGUAAUCUAUGAGGUCGACUACUAUGGUAGCGAUUAUGGAAUGUUUGCUGCAUUAUCUGAUUCACUGCAAGAUGUUGGCGUGACAAUUGAAUAUCGUUUGGUCCUUCCAUCAUUCUCCUCUCUAGAUGACCCAAAAGCCUUUGUUACUGAAGCAGUUGCAGACCUAUUGAGUAAGCAAUCCAGGGUUUUUAUUGUUCUCCAAUUAUCAUCGUCAAUGAUAGUUCAUUUGUUUAGAGAAGCAAAACAAAUGAGGCUUAUUGGGAGAGAUUCAGCAUGGAUAAUUACCGACCGAUUCGCAAGCCUCCUGGAUUCUGCUAAUACUUCUGUUAUCUCUUCCAUGGAAGGUGCUCUAGGAAUCAAGACAUAUUAUGCUGAAGGCAGUAGGUCAUUUCUAGAUAUUAAGCAACAUUUUCGGCGAGUUUUUCAAUUGGAUUACCCUGAGGAAGAUAACUCGGAGAUGGGUAUUUAUGCCCUUAGAGCCUAUGAUAGCAUUACUGCCAUUACAAAUGCCAUAAAGAGAAUAGGUAAUAGCAGUGAUUGUCCAAGUACGUUACUCAAAAGCAUUCUAUCAAGCAACUUCACUGGUUUAAGUGGUGACAUUCGUUUCCAUGCUGGAGAGCUAGCAGGGUCCUCUUUAUUUAGAAUUGUAAACAUUGUUGGAAAGAGAUACAAAGAGCUUGGCUUCUGGUCAUCGACAUUUGGUUUCUCAAAGAGGGACCUAAAGCGAGUUCCAAAAGGAUUGGCAAUGCCUACUAAUGCAAAGCCUAUGAAGAUUGGAGUUCCAGCCACAUCAUAUUAUCAGAAAUUCGUGAAGGUGGAUUGGGAUGCAGGUUUGAAUGAAUGGAAAUUUUCUGGUUUCUGCAUUGAUCUAUUCUAUGAGGUGCUAAAAAUUUUGGAGCAAAGUUACCCCCUACCUUAUGAAUUAAUACUCCACAACGGCACCUACAAUGAUCUGGUUGAUCAAGUGGCUAACAAGAUUUUCGACGCCGUCAUUGGUGAUAUAACCAUACUGGCCAAUCGAUCAAAAUAUGUGGAAUUUACGCAGCCAUAUGCUGAGUCAAGCUUGGCAAUGAUAGUAUCAGUGAAGCCCCAACGAGGGCAGGCAUGGAUUUUCGUGAAGCCUUUUACCAAGGAAAUGUGGGCUGUGACUAGUGCCAUCUUGAUCUACACUGUGUUCAUAGUUUGGCUUUUGGAACGCCAAUCAAAUCCAGAAUUUGAAGGUCCAUGGCAGAAUCAACUAGGCUCAGUGCUUUGGUUCACUUCCUCCACGCUAUUCUCAGCACAGAGGGAAAAGGUUCAUAACAGUUGCACCCGAAUACUGGUCUUGGUGUGGCUUUUUGUUGUGUUGACCUUAUCCUCAAGCUACACUGCCAAUCUUUCUUCGAUGCUUACUGUCCAACGCCUUCAACCGAAUGUGACAGACAUAGAUUGGCUGAAGAAGAACAAUGCAACAGUUGGUUGCGGUAGAAAUUCAUUUAUAAGAUCGUAUUUGGAGAAUGUGCUUAAAUUCGAUCCUAGGAACAUCAAGACAAUUAGGAGUGAAUAUGACUACCCAGGGGAAUUUGAGAGCGGCAACAUCAGUGCAGCAUUUUUUGACCUCCCUUAUGCACAGAUUUUUUUGAAUUACAACUGCAAGGGAUACACUCUUGCCGAACACAGAGGAGGAGCUGAGCACAAAUUUGGAGGCUUCGGCUUUGUAUUUCCAAAAGGAUCUCCCAUUGCUGUUGAUUUCUCCCAAGCUAUUCUAACUUUAUUAGAGAAUGGAAGGAUAGAACAAUUGCAAACUCAGUGGUUUACUCCUCCUUCCAAGUGCUUGAACUCUCAAACUCCCGACGAGGUUGAUAGCUUGAACUGGCGGAGUUUUUGGGGUCUCUACCUCUUCUCAGCCCUCACUUCCACCACCUGUUAUCUUGUAUUUGCAACUCACAAGUUGUAUGGACGCCAACCCGAGGCAUACGAUGGGGUUUUAACUUGGAAUUAUAAGAACAUGUUGAAAAAGUUGGUCAGGUCAGUAAAAAAUCUUCGUAUCAGGGAGAUAAAACUUCCAGGUACAACUCCAAACAAUACUGUUCAAGCUUUAAAGGUUUCUGAAAGCAGCUCUUCGGGUAGGGCAUGCACAAGUCCUUUAGAGAUUCCAGAGCAAUUUCAAGAAUUGCAUUCGAUUGAAUUAGAAAUUACCAAUCCUAAUGAAGAAGGGCAACAAGCAAACCGAUUUCUGGUGUUGGAAGGAACCAACGAAUGCUGCUCAGUGAAGUCGGCUUACAGCAUGAAAAAAAGAGUAUAAAAGGCAAAGAAAUGCUGCCCAAAAUAGAGAGAAUUCUGUCCAGAAAAAUAAAGAAAAAGAGAGGUUUUGGUAGAAAAAUCAGAGGGGAAAAAUAGGGAGUUGUUGUCCGAAAUACAAUAAGUGUCUACGGAGCAGAAGCUCUGUUUGUAAGUUUUUUUGAUAGCUUACUUUGUGUUUUUCUUGCUGGAAAUAUCAGAAUAGCUUUUCCCUUUGUAUUGCUUGAUAUUGUAAUCAUUUUUGAUAACAU